AAAGAAACCCAAUACAAGUCGAUUUGGACAAAAAACCCGGCCGCUUUUGUUCUUUCCAUAUCUGCUUCCCCCAAAUUAUAACAUAAACCUAGGGUUUGUGAUUCACAAUCGGUGGCUCGUGCAAUCCGCUAGUCGCUGCUCCGAUUGUUUGGUAAUUUCUUGAAAGCUCUAAUUUCGUAUUCGAAUUGUAAUUGUUUGAAUAUAGAGAGCAAUUUAUCAUGGAUGUGGAGGUAGAUCAUUAUGUGGUUUUGGGGUUACCCAGCGGUGAAGAGGGUUCUAAAUUAUCAAAUGAAGAUAUUAAAAAAGCUUAUCGAUCCAAAGCCCUAGAAUUGCAUCCUGAUAAGAGACCUGAUGAUCCCAAUGCUCAUGAUAAUUUCCAGAAGCUCAAAACUUCUUAUGAGCUUCUCAAGGACCAAAAGGCUAGACUUGUUUUCGAUGAUUUGCUUCGUGUUAAACGUGAAAGGGUUAUGCGUCAAUCGCAACAGAGUUCCAAGCGCCGUAAGAUGAUGUCUGAUCUUGAUGAAAGGGAGAGGGCAGCUUUUGCCAAUGACUCUAGGGGGAAGGAGCGUGAUGAGGAGGAAAGAAUUGCCAAGAAACUGAGGGAGGAGAUUGCCAGAAUACGUGCUAUGCAUUCUAAUAAGGGAGUAACGACUGGGACUGGAAAACCGAAAGAGAGUAGUGGUUCUGGUGCUCAGAGUGGUGGUUUGGAUAAGGAGAAGGUGCUUAAGGUGUCUUGGGAUAGAAUUGGUGGGGAGGAUUAUAGUGCUCAAAGGUUAGGAGAUUUGUUUCGGGAGUUUGGUGAGGUUGAAGACGUGGUCAUUAGAACUGCGAAUAAAAAGAAAGGAUCGGCUUUUGUGGUAAUGGCUUCAAAAGAUGCUGUUGCUACUGCAACCAGGAGUGUCCUUGGGGAUCUUAGAAAUCCUCUUUUGGUAUUGCCUCUUCAGCCAGCUGUAGCUCCCACUUUCACAAGUGCUCAGGAGCCGGUGGAAUCUAGAACUCCAGAGAUGAGUCAUCUUGUUGGUGCUGGAUUCCAGGCAUUUGAAGAUUCAGUGUUGGCGAAACUGCGAAAGGCUGCGGAACGACAAAAAUGAUAGUUUGGAGCACUUUGAUCUUUAAAAGAAGAAUCUCACUCAGGGUCAUAGUUUUGAAGGAAUGCUAUCAAUAUUGUUGUCAUAUUCUGUUCAGAAUAACGACGGCUAUGAUUUUAUGUUGCUUGUGAGCUAUAUCAGUUUAGGUAAGAUUAUUGUAUAUCCAGAAUUCUAUGACCUUGUUAGACUUCCUUGUAAUGAUCACUUUGGCUUGCAGAAGGACACUGUACUCUUGAGCAGUGGUCGCCAGUCAUGUUAUUUGAAUUGUAUGAUAUUCCCAUACCCAUGAUGUGCCUUUUGGGGACAAUUACUUGUGCUGUAAUGUUGAUAUCAUUUUGACUUUCAAAUUUGUCAAUUUAUGAUCCUGAAAAAGAAAAUAGAUUGCUUGAGGAAUGAUGGAGAACAAGUUGCAGUUCUUGAGCUUGUUGGAGUUGCUCACAAAUACUGAAACUUGUCGAAAAUUGUGGUCAUAUGACUUCUUUUUUUUUGUAAAUUACUGAAUUUAUUCAUGCUGCGUCAUAUCAUUGUCGUGCUUGUUAA